AUGGCGAUCAGUGGAAAAGAUUCAGAAACCAUGAUAGUGUCAAGUGAUUCUGUGUCUCCGAAAAUGGUGCAAACAAGCCUGAAGUCAAACCUAAAUCAAUUGUUACUGGAGGCUUUGAAAUUUGUUUGUUGUGGUAUGGGUCUAUCAGAAACAGGUCAGAAACAAGAAAUUGUAACUAGACUGUUAAAAGAGAUAAGAGGUCAAACCAGUUUGAAAGUAUUGACAGAUGAAGUUGAAGCAUCUGGAAAAGAAAAAGAG